AUGCCUCCAACCCAUCCACAACUAUUGCGGGCACUCCAUGCCACAAGGAGCCACCCCCGCGCAAUAGUUGGCCCCCGCUUUGCGUCUCACGGGGCCCCACAUUAUAACGAGCCAGGAGGAUGGUUGUUCGGCGAGAAGCCUCUUCCGCCUGGUCAGAAACGAGUAAAAGAGGAAUGGGAGAACAUCUGGUAUGUGGGGAUGUUUGGCACCAUGCUUGCCGCGGCCGUACUGCUCUACUACAAGCCAGAUACCAGCAUUCAGACCUGGGCUCUCAAGGAAGCAAAGCAGAGAAUGGAGGCGAGGGGGGAGAAGUACAAGUACGAGCCCCCUCCAUCGUCGCCUUCACCUUCACCGUCAUCCUCGUAG